AUGCGGUUCGCUGCCGUGGUCAAAGAGUACCUGGUCAACUCGACGUUCCACGGUGUCAAAUUCAUUGCCGAUGAUUCGUACCACGCGGCGGAACGCAUCUUUUGGCUCGCUUGUGUGAUCGUAUCGUGGGUCGGGUCGGCCUUUCUGAUCGACGCUUCGCUCGAGGCGUUCCAAACCAGCGCCAUCUCGUUCGUGGUCGAGACGAGCUACCGGGACUGGAACACCCGGUUCCCGGCCGUCGUGGUGUGCGAGAUGCGCAACAUGGAGCGCAUUCAGGCCAUCGCCGACCGGCUGUGGGGCGAAGAGCACGACUUUGCGAUGGAAGAGGUCCUGAACGAGAUCGGUUACUUCCGGGGCGAAUCGUACCACACGAUCAAUGAGUGUACGGGUGAGGAGCGCGGUGUGGACUGCUUCUCGGACAACUUUACCGCUUACGCCCGGCUGGUGCGCAGCUCGUGUGAGGAAACGCUGGAGGACUGCUCCUGGAACGGGCGGUCGUUCGAGUGUUGCCGCUACUUUCUGCCUCUGGAGACGGAACUGGGUCUCUGCUAUGCGGUCAACUCGCUGCAGACCCAAAGCCCAAAGAAGGGUGCGUUCCGGUUGGAUAUGGCCUCGAACAAGCACACGGGCCCGGGCAGGUUGACGAUCACGGUGCUGACCGAGGCGUACGUGUACACGAUCGGUGAGGAGGAGGUACCGAGCUUUGUGACGCCCAAAUCGGACGUGCUGCUGGUGGACCACUACAUCGCGUACCGGCGCCACAUCUCGGUCAAGGACAUCGAGAACGACCCGGAAGCGAAGCAGGUCAGUGUCGAGCAGCGCCAGUGCCGGUUCCCGGACGAGAACAACCUGGACGUGCACCGGUUCUACAGCUACAGUGCCUGCUCGGUGCAGUGCCGGAAGGACAAGCAGCUGCGGGUGUGCAACUGCACCAACCACCUGAUGCCCAACACUGAUCCCGCACUGAAGUGCAACAUGUCCGGGCUGAUGUGCCUGAACGAGCACUACGAAGACCUGACGAUCGUCAUCCCGAAGUGGUCCGUGGGCAACCGGAAGGGCGUCGUCUGCGACUGUCUGCCGUCGUGCACCGAGCUGGACAUCGGGAUCGUGCACGAUUCGCGGGCCAGCAUCUUUGACGCGGAGCGGCGCUACUCGACCAUCGAAAUCAAACUGUCCGCUCUGCCGACCGAGCGCUACAAGCGCAACGUGGUACGCGGCCGUCUCGAUCUGGUCGUCUCGGUCGGCGGUACGACGGGUCUCUUCGUGGGCGCCAGCUUGCUGUCGUUUGUGGAAAUAUUCUACUACUUCACCGUGCGGCCGUACGGAACACGGCACCUGCGGAGACAGCAGCAGCAGCAGCAUCCGUGA